CAAAACAGUGAGUAACAGUAGCAUUAAAAUACAAAUACAACAAAAUAAAAUCAUAAAUAUUAAUAAUGCAGAUGUUGUGCAUUAUUAUUUGGCCUUUUGUAAGAUCUUUCUCUUUCUCUUUCUCCGGAACGAUCCAGAGUCCAGAGUUUUAGGAAUUCCUUCUGGUGGGCCAGGUCCAGGAGGACUAUUCAUCCGUGGUGCCUGUGGAAGAAUACGUUUAUUUAGCUUAAGGUUCAGGAAAAUAAAAUAAAGACUGUGACAAACACUCAACAAAGAAUAACGAGCCAGAAAUCACAAGACUGUGCAAAAUGUUACAUUAAAUCUAUAGAAGCUGAUAACUCGCCUCAGUUCUGGUGCGCCAUCUACGCACAUCUUCAAGACAGCAAGAAGGAAACGUUCGGUGAACGUCCUUCCUGCUGCCAGGACGUGUGCUGCUCUGAGGCAGUCAGCCAGCUGGUGUAGGUGUUGUGCCAUGUUGGCUCUGACUGCAGCACAACGGUGGCUGAGGAGUGGCUCCCUGUGGCUUUGACCAAAAUUUAACCAUCAAUUGACAAUCUAACCAUAUUUCUUUCUUUUCUUUUUUUUUCCAAAUGUAGAUAUUGGAGCCAUAGCAAUGCCUCACCUGUUUCAAACCACCCCGUCCCCCCUCAUAAAUAACAAAUAGUCCCUCACCAUCUUUGAACAAGCUGAUGAUAGAAGUAUCAUAGGCCUGAUAACCAAAAACCAGGACCACAGUUAAGGAGAGGGACCAAGCAGUCACUCUGGUGCCACAAGAACAACCUCCUGCUCAACACAUCUGAAACCCAGGAACUGAUCAUUAAUUACAGGCGUAGCAUCUCACCUGAAUCGGUCAUACACAUCCAAAAUGUCAUUGGUGACGUAAAGAUGAAAGGUUUAUUUGUGUUAAUUGCAGACAAGAACUCUGUGACACCCUCUAUUGUUCCAGAUUGAACGGUGUCAUUACUCAAGAAAUUAUACCUAACCCUCACACAGUAUAUAAAGCUCAGUGCAACUCAAGGCUCAUCAGUAGCCUGCGCACUCCAUCAAGAGAUGGGGCUUUUGACGGCUGUGUUAGUUGGCGGCGGUGCAGCGGGUGCCGUGGUCGCAGCUCCUCUUGUUCUGACUGGUGCAGGUUUCACUGCAGCUGGAAUAGCAGCAGGCUCCAUUGCUGCAAAAAUGAUGUCAGCUGCUGCAAUUGCUAACGGCGGAGGAGUGGCAGCAGGGGGUCUGGUGGCUGGUCUGCAAGCAGCAGGUGCUGCUGGUCUGUCAGGAGCUGCCACUGCAGCUGUGGGCGGCACUGGAGCAGCACUGGGAUGGCUGGCUGCAAUCAUCAUAUGAAAAUCAUGAAGGAACAAGAUGGAUAUCUUUACUUUUGCCAAAUGAAGGUGGCAACUGCAUCUGAUAUCUGUUCACUUGUGAAGUAACACUUUUGUCAUCUCAGGCUACUGGACUGAUAUGUGCAAUAAAUCUGUGUUACCUUUAAAA